AUGAGUGGUGACAAACAACUUCAAUACCUUCGUUCUCUUUCUAGCGUACUGGAGUCGUGUCCCAGAUUCUUGGGGAGUUUGAGCGACUGGGACUUUUAUUAUAUCGACAAAUUUCCUGGAUGUAAUAAAAAUGAGGCACAUCAUGCCCUGAGUUUUGAACUUAGUAUCCUUCUUAAGAAACUACCAAGCGGAGGCUGCUGUUAUUCCAGGGCAAACGCCUUGAAAAAGGCUUUGGAGGCAACUCGUGUUGUUGCCCGAAGUGGGAAGCAUGUUAUAGUCUGGGCCUUUUGGGCCGAUUAUAGCAUAACUCUGAUAACGAUUCCGCAAAUAUUUGUUAUGGAAAGAGCAUCUCACAAACUUAGAAUCACUGGCUAUUUCAGAUCGACGCAAAAUCAAAAGCAUUACCAUACAAGAAGAAAUUGGACGAGCCGAAGAGCAGAUAUCAGAAAAAUCAAAAAACAUAAAGCAAGCUCGAAAGAAAGUGAGAUACCAUUGACUUCUUUCAGUAACAAUAACAAAGAGGAUUACAACAAGCAAGAGAAUGAUGUUAUAGCUAGUGAUUUGGAUGAUAAAAUGACCGAAUCAAUGGUUGGAAAAGUGGAGAGAACGGCACUGAUUGUGGAGAAUGUCGAUUUGGUAGAAACUUUCGAAUACUACUGUAAUGAAUGCGAAAAAAAUAUUUUUGACUUAUGUAAUAGCGAUAUAAUGGACCUUAGACCUACCUCCCGAUUUACAGAAAAAAUCCCUGAAGAAAUAUGGGAGAAAUUCGUGUCAAAUACGUAUCCUGAAUACGAAAUAUCUAAUACAUGGGAAGAUUUAAUACGAGAUAUCUUUGAGCCAAAAGAGACAUUAGCAGAAUGGUUGGAAGCCUGGCGUGGACUUCAUGUAACUUCUGAUAAAAAAAAAAGUAAUGAAGACCUGGUGAUCAAAGAUGCGAUAUAUAAUAUUCUCGCCCCAUAUAUCGAAGCUUUCCAAGCGCCAUACAAUAUACUAAAAUCAGGCGAUCUCGGAGAAAAUCAAUAUAACGCACACUUUGUAAGUCCGGUACUGAGUAAUACGCUCAAGGUUGUCCUUAAUAUCGAAUGGAGAAUUCUUGAAGUCCCGGUUGAAAGUAGUAAGCAACGACGUAAUGCCAAUAUCAACCCAAUUAUUGACAAAGUAUUGGAAGCAAAACGUGCGGAUGGUCUCGCCCGCCACUGGCAAAGCCAUGAAGAAGUGUUCAUAUAUGAACAGACGGGUCCUCCAAAUUUCGACGACGUUACUCAACUUUUCAUCCAUAAUUACAAGUUAGUUCGGACCAUGAGGGAUGUAUUAAAUCAGAGAAUAAUACUUCGCCUUAGAGACGGGAUAUCUGAUCACAAAGACCUAGCAAGCUUUGGUGCAUUUGGUCAUCGCAGUGAGAUAUCUUUAUUUUGGUGUAUGAUGCACCAAAAAUCAUAUUGUUUUCAGGAAUACGGAAGUUUCAACAUUCCUGCAAUUUGGCAGGAUCUUCCCGUACUAGCUGAAGCAAUUAUAACCUGCCUGAAAUUUUUUUCUUUUAUGAAAAAAAAUAUUGAAAAGGGCAAGUCAUAUGGUGACCAAAAAAUUAAGUUAUUUGCCAAACGGAAAGUUCAUACAGUAAAGCAGAAUCCACCAUCGCCAAAUCGACCUAAGAAGCAUAAGCAAAUAUAUUAA